CUGCCAAGAGCUGGAGCAGCCCCCCCUUCCCAUGGCGGAACAUCAAUAUGAUAAUUACAAUAAUGCCGCCGCCGCUUACAGUAACAGCAGCUCAUGGUUUUAUUCCUUGGACGCUUUUGAUCCCAAUUUUCAGACCGACAUGAGCUUGAGCUUGAGCUGUAGCAGCUGCAGUACUGAUAAUUCUAGUGGCAAUGCCAGCUUUUUGUUUCCCAAUUCUUUGACGACCCACGACUUGUUUAUGUCGAUUGACGAUGACACCAAUUUUGGGUCCUCAUUUUUGUCGGAUGUGUUAAUGGGGGAACUCAAAGUGGAUAAGGCUGAUCUCGCCGCCGCCUGCGACGGAUUAUUGCAGAUUCCGCCGCCUCCCGAAAAUGAACCAAUUGCAUUGAAAAGGAAAGUCAAUAGCGGAGACUUCUCCAAUGAUCAGAAGGUCACCAAGAAAACUCGGAUUUCAGGACAUGGGCAAAAGAGGAAGAAAACCCACAAGGCAAAAGGCGUGAGCGUUGAGGAAGAGGACAAUGCAGCAGCGGCAGAAGCUGAAGGGCAGAGCUCGGUUAGUUACAGUUCAGAGGAAGAAAAUGGUUCCCAGGGUGGCGGCGGCGCCACCACCUCCGACGGCGGCGUGAGCGGAAAAACCACCAGAGCCAGCAGAGGGUCGGCCACGGAUCCCCAGAGCCUCUACGCCAGAAAACGAAGAGAGAGAAUCAAUGAGCGAUUGAAAAUCUUGCAGAAACUUGUUCCCAAUGGAACCAAGGUUGAUAUCAGUACCAUGCUUGAAGAAGCUGUUCACUAUGUUAAGUUUUUGCAGCUUCAAAUCAAGUUAUUGAGCUCAGAUGAGAUGUGGAUGUUUGCUCCUUUGGCUUACAAUGGAAUGGACCUUGGUCUCCACCAGAAGCUCUCUCCAUUUCUUUCACAUUGAGACACAAUUUUA